AAAUUACCUCGUCUGACCUAUUCGAUUGCCCCCCAAUUUGGAAAUCGCGGUAGUUCGAGGAGCGACGUGAAGACUCAACCGUGCAGGCGUGCAUAUCCGAGGUUUUGGAAGAAAACCACGAACAUGCACGCGCAAUCGGGAGCCGAACACAAGCUACUUGAAGCGACCACGUGACAACACCCACUGAGCAGAUCUGCCAUAUCUCGACGUUUAGCGAUCAAUGUUCAGCUGUGCCAUCACUAGCACACACUUCCACCAAAAUGUAAUCUUUGAACUCUUAUAAAGAUAAAAUACCUUUAUAGAGUAUUUAUGAGAAACUCAAAUAUACAAUGAUAUAACAGAGUCAUCUAUUGACAAUAUCGUGGAACCUCAAAUUUAUGCUACUGCGCAUCCUUCGUUUUUUUUAUUCCUCUUAGCGGCAAAUUUCAAAUGUUCACUAUUAACCUCAUCUUUUUUAGCUUUCGAAUUUUCAAAUAAUACAUUCAAUUUAAAUGUUUUGUCCCUGCUCAGAAAAAUGUACAAAUAUUUCGAUGAACGCCGAAUUUAUACAAAUUUUGACUUCUUUUAAGGAAGCCAUUUCUCGUGAUCAUAAUGGGUAUUAUAUAUGCCAUUGUAAAUAAAGAACAAAAUCCAUAUAUAGCCUCAAAUAAGACAGAUAUUCCUGACUGUGUACCAUGCCCAAACGAAGAAGACAGAAAACCUGGAAAUCCAGGGAGUUUUGAGGAUCUUCAUAAAAAAGUGAAGGAUCUUUAUCCACAAAAUUUUGAGGGUGCAAGAUUAAUAAUUAAGAAAGUUCUCAGUUCCCAUUUCAAUGUAAUGCACACAAUAACGUUGAGUUCUGUAACUCCUUCGGGAUACAAAUUUGGCGCAUCUUACAUUGGCACUAAGGCAGUGGGCUUGCACGAGAAGUAUCCGAUUGUGAAAGGCGAUAUUAUUCCAAAUGGAAACAUGACAGCAAAUUUUGUACAUACACUUGGAUGUAGAUUUAGAUUCAAAUUGUCUACGCAAGUUGCAAAUUUUAAGUACAAGGCUUCUAGUUCAUCCAUAGAAUAUCGGUCCAAUGAUUAUACAUUGGCAUUAACAUUAGCAAAUCCAAAAUUUUUAAAGCAGCAAGGAAUUGUUGUAUUACAUUUCUUGCAAGCAAUUACAUCUAGGAUUACAUUGGGUGCAGAAGUAGCUUGUCUUCGAAAUUCUAAAAUUACUGGCGGUCAACAAACAUUAAUGUGUGUAGCAUUCAGAUAUAAUACAGGACCUGCAACAUGGUCUGCUACUUUAGGAGAAGCUGGUCUUCAUAUUUGUUAUUAUAGACGAGCAAGCAAACAACUGCAACUUGGUGUUGAAAUAGAAACUAAUAUGAGGAUUCAUGAAUCAAUUGCCACUAUAGUAUACCAAAUUAAUAUACCAUAUGCUGAUCUAAUUUUCAAAGGCAUUGUUAAUUCAGAAAGUAGUAUUGGUUGUGUAUUUGAAAAGAAAUUAUAUCCAAUUCCAGAAUCAUCAUUAAUCAUUAGUGGACACUUGAAUCAUCUGAAUCAGCAAUUUCGCGUAGGUGUAGGUCUUGAUAUUGGUGUAUAA